GAUCUGCGUAACCGACGACGUUGUUUUGUUUUUGAUUCCUAUUCUGUCGAAGGAAAAACGGUUGUUAAUAAAAUCUAAAAUUGAAAUUAGUUCAAAGAAUAGUUCGAAUUUCAGAAGUAUAAUCGGUCACAAAAUGGUAAACAUACAUCAGAUUCGUGACCAGCUUGUUACCGAUUACAGUAACAGAGUCAAUGCCGAGAUUAUUGAACCUUUAACUUACAUCAAAACUCUGGCAGAACCAAAAGGGAAAAUACUGUUGAUCUACAAAAAGGUGAACCAAAUUUCGUCUUUAUCAACUGUAAACUUGGAAAAGGAAGAAGUUUCCAUCAACGGCAAUACCAGCCAAUUAGAUGUGACUGGAACACCAUUAGAAGAUAACUGUAACAUUACCGUCAUAUCGGAUUGGUCGGUUAUUAAAAAGUAUGUCAAGACCAAUGCAUGGGCCGAUGAAGAAGAGCAAUACGGUAGUGUAAACGAGGAUUUGGCUACAGUAAUCAUAAACGAGAUAAACGUAGGACUCGGAAGUAAAUGUAACAAUGGCUCGAUGUUUGCUAUCUGCGAUGCCUCGAAUGGAGAUCAUCAAUUUCUGUUAAAUGCCGAAUAUGAUAAGGACUGGAAUUGGCGUGGCGUUGGAAAGUUUACGGGACUGGUUCCAUUCCAACAAAUCAAUCCAGCUAAUUUAAUGAAGAAGCAUCUCAGCAUGCUGAUGAACUGCAAUGAGGCCAGCACCAGAAUCGAACUGUCGUUCAACGUCAAGUCCAAUCAAACAAUCAAAUGUUCUUGGGAGACGGCGUCGUUGACACCAUCGCUGAAAUGCAAUAAGAAUGCCAACAUUGUCGUUUCUCAGUCCAUUCCUGUUGGAGACUUCAGUUCUUGCAUUGCAGAAUAUUGGCGCCAAUUGGAAAUAUUGGAGGGUGUGAAGCAAGAUAUUGAAAAGUAUAAGAAGAGUCAGAACAAUGCCGAUUUGGUGUAUCAACGUUGCGCCAGCCCGUUGGACCUGGAAAAAAUCGAAAAGUACAUAAUGGCUGCACUGUCCAACAUAAAUACCUACGACACAGCCAAAGAAACGGACACCUUCGAUAUUGUUUCAAUCAUUGGACGAAUGGAUAGCGACAGAGUUCAAGAAGUCACCGACCAAUUGUGGAGUGUCCUCCGAUUUUGCAGUAGUUUCGAACACCUUGUACACGCACUACAUUAUGUGUUUCAGUGUUCCGCUCAGUCAAUCGUUGUCAAUACGCCGAGAAACAAUAAUCGCCUAGCGUCAUUGAUUCGCGAUAUAUCGGAGAAGAGAAACAUUCCCCGAUUGUCCGGCUCAGAACCGUUGGAAAUUUUAUUGGAAAUCGGCCUGCAAAAGGUGUCGAAAGACUACGAAUACAUAUUCUCGGAGAGCAAAGUAUGUCCGUCGGCUGGUUUUCAGGGUUUUAUCAAAGAAACAGCAGAAAGAGCACCAGUCAACGACCGUAAAACGUUACAUCACGCCGUCGAAACCAAUCGCCAGACGAUGUUGAACAAAAACAAGCAAAUGGACAUCGCCAAACUGAACAUUGCCGAGUUCGGUUACACUCGCUUCGACAAAUACGAAAUCGAUCGAUUUUUGGCCAAAUUGGCCCAGGUCCAUUUGAUUCUCGAACACAUCAUUCUGAUGCAGGUCAAUCUGAAUCUGGAUCAUACGGUGCUUCGAUCGAUCAUAAAUAGUUUGCCGAAAGGUGUGACCGAUUUCCAGCGGCUGGGUGCUGUGAAAAAUGACAGACGUGAAUUUUCGAUUGCACCCACAGCAUUGCUGUCAAAAGUGGAGAACCUGACGCCCCAAACGAUCAAAAUUACAAUGAAGUCCGAGAAUCGGUUCCGAUUCGUGAGCGACACUUUCCACUACAGCGUCGAUCCGAUUUGUCCACCGAACGUAUUCCCGUAUAUGCAGAACAGUGAAGAGAUCGUCAACAAGGAGAUACUCUAUUGUGGAUUACAUUAUGUUAAACUGGGCUCCCGUCGUAAAUAGGUCAAUUAAAAUAAAUUUUAUUUCCA